GUUUACGGAAGAGCACUUCUGCCAUGCAACCGUUGACGUCUUUUUGGACGUCGUUCAUUGACAAGAUACUAGUCUACACUUUCAGUAACACUGAGCCUGAGAAAUUGUGUGGAAUAUUCACAAACAUUAUUGACUUUAUUACGCGUUUCAGGCAACAAUGAAACCGUCCUUGGACUCAGACGAGGAGGAGGAAUUAGGAGCAUUACAGAAGACAUUGAGAGAGCGAGCCAACCGCAGUAUCCAGCACCUCUCAAGCAUGUUGGCCAGCCACAGCUCUGACUCUGAGUCUUCAGAACCAAAGCAACAGCAGGAGAUGCUCAGUCUGCAAAACCCCUGUAUGCCAAUUCAACAGAGUGAAGCAGUCAAUCAGCUGCGUUCCUUGCUUCAAAAGCAGUCCAAAGAUUCAAAUGUUCAAUUACUUUCUCCUUCUAAGAGGAAAUUGGCAGGAAAGCAAAAAAUCACAGAUGAGGGCAGUAGUAGUCUGCCUGGUGUUCACGACUUGGUUCCCAUCAUCCACAAUCAAUCUGAGUACAUUCAGCACCUGGAGGCUGAGGUCAAGUUCUGCAAGGAUGAACUCCUUGGAAUGAAACAGAGAGUAAGAGUGGUAAUCGUGGAGAAUGAGAAGCUACAUGAGGAGCUUAAAGCAAAGGCGGUUGAAGACACUCUUAAAGAAUACACAUUUGUAGACAGCACGUUAAACAUGGAGCACACACCAGAAAAGACUUCAAAGCAAAGAUUUGGCUCCAUUAAUCAAGCUGAGGACCACAAGUGGAAGAAAGAAAUGGAGCAGCUGAAGUGUCUCUAUCAAGCACAAACUGAGACCCUGGAGGCUCAAGUGGUUUCCCUGAAGAAAGACUUGGCGAGCAUUCAGAAGGAAUAUGAGGAAACGAAAGAACGACUGAGGCACAAAGAAGCGAUGGCUGUGGCGGCGGGCAGUGGUCAGCAUGUGGGUGGUCUGUGUCUGAAGUGUGCCCAACAUGAAGCAGUCCUGGCAGAGACGCACUCCAAUGUCCAUGUACAGAGCAUUGAAAGACUCACUAAAGAGCGGGAUGAGCUGAUGACCGUGCUCUGCUCUCUAAGGGCCAGUCAGACUGAGGCCCAGCAGAGAGAGUGGGCAGCCUAUCAGCAGGUCAAACAGGCAGUGGAGAUGGCAGAAGAGGCAAACCUGGAGAAGACAAGAGCUCUGGUGCAGUGUGAGCACUUCCACAAUGAGCUGACUAGACAGCGGGAGAGGCUGGAGAGAGAGCUGGCAUCUGAACAGGAGAAGAUCUCCCAGGCCAGGGAGGCAGCGCGUUCAGAGAGCAAGAAAGAGAAAGAAGAGCUUGCCCAGACUGUGACCAGCCUGUCUCAGAGAGUGGCUGAAUUGGAGGGUCUGCAGGAGAGGGGAGAGAGAGACCGGAACUCACUCAAUGGCCAGCUGGAGGAAGCUUAUAAAAAGCUCACCGCACAGGAAAUGGACGGCAGCAAGGUAAAGCCCACUCUGCGUUUUCUGUUGAGCCAGGCCCAGCUUGUGUCAGGCCAACUAUGUGCAGACGUUUUUUUUAAUGCCAAAGUGAAUAAUCGCUUGGUCUCUCUCUCCUCCAGGCAGGAAGUACAGAAGUUGGGUGUGGAGCUGAGCGGUUACCGGCAGCGUUUGGAAGAAGGGCAGAGGAGCCCGGGCAGAGCCGGCCUGGCUGAGACGCGAGGCCAACUGCACCUCACCAGGCAGGAGAAGGAGGCGGUAGAGCGCUGCUGUGGCGAGGACAUGGCCGCUCUGACCUUCCAGGCACAGCGGCGCGAACGUGAGCUGACACAGACGCUCCAGCAAAUGGAAGCGCAGCACGAGAGGAGUGUCAGGGAAACAGACACUCUGCUGAGUGCUCAGAACAGCCUGAUUGGGAAACUGAAGGAGGAGUGUCAGACACUUGGAGCAAAGCUGGAGGAACUGGCCCAGAGCAGCAGAGCGGAGAUAGAGCAGUUGUCUCUGGAGAGAGAGCACCUGCAGGAGAGCGCUGAGAAACUGCGAGGUCGCUGUGAGGAGAUGGAGGAGCAGUGUGUGCAGCAUGGCAGGAUGCACCAGCGUAUGAAGCAGAGACUGCAGCAGCUGGACCAUCACUGUCAGGCCAGCUCUCAGCAGGUGCUGCAGCUCCUCAGCAGACAGAAGCAGCUCGUGCAGGAGCGCCAGCAGCUCGCGCAGGACAUGCACAACCUGCAAGUCCAGACAUGCUGAGCCACGGGAAUGCAGGUUCAAAUCAAUCCAUUUCAUAUCUUGAUCAGUUUCUUUUGUCAUAAUACUUUAUCUUUUUUUCUUUUAUUAUUAACUUAUUGUAUAACAUAUGUGCUGUAUAACUGUUGUUUAUAAAUUCUGGUUUUAUUAUAUUGUUAUUUAUUUUUCUCCUUUUUUAUGCCUAAUAGCAUCUGUCAAAGGGACUACCAAUUUACAUUCAUGAAUGUUGAUUAAAGUACAUUGUUGUUGUUUUUUUGUUUGUUUUUUUAAAUAAAAAAAUAUAUAUAUUGUCA